UGCUGGCCACCAUGCACAGCUCCUGUAGUCUCCGGGCGCUGCUGCUGCUGCCACCACUGCUGCUGAUGACCACCCCAGACCCCGCCAGAGCCCUCACAAAGGAUGAGCAGCGUGCCAUGGUGGAGCUGCACAACCUCUACCGUGCCCAGGUGUUCCCGCCGGCCUCCGACAUGCGACGGAUGAGGUGGGACCCGGAGCUGGCCGCCUUCGCCAAGGCCUACGCACAGCAGUGCGUGUGGGGCCACAACAAGGAGCGCGGGCGGCGCGGAGAGAACCUGUUCGCCAUCACGGACGAGGGCUUGGACGUGCCCCUGGCCAUGGAGGAGUGGCACCACGAGAGGGAGCACUACAACCUCAGCGCCGCCGCCUGCACCCCAGGCCAGAUGUGCGGCCACUACACGCAGGUGGUUUGGGGCAAGACAGAGAGGAUCGGCUGUGGUUCCCACUUCUGUGAGAAGCUCCAGGGAGUUGAGGAGACCAACAUCCAUCUACUGGUGUGCAACUACGAGCCCCCGGGGAACGUGAAGGGACAGAGGCCCUAUCAGGAGGGAAUUCCGUGCUCGCAAUGUCCCCCUGACUACCGCUGCGAGAACUCUCUCUGUGAACCCAUCAGUGGCCCGGAAGAGGAGCAGGAUUUGCCCUCCCUGGAAACUGCGGCCCCGUCCACUCGGGCCACGGAAGCCUCAGGCUCCAGGAAAGCCGGCGCUCCUUCCCCGGCGACAGAGGUCGCGCACUCCUGGGUGACAGAGGUCUCGGGCUCCCCGGCCACGCAGGCCCCGCCCACUGUGGAAACAAAGACUCGGUCCUCCUCAGCCACCAAGGAGCCCUCGGCGACGGCCACAGAGGCUCCGCCUUCCCUAACGAGUGAGGUCCCUUCUGCGUCAACAGCUCACGACCCGCUCUCCUUGGAUGAAGGGCCGGUCACCGUCCCCAAAUCGACCCAUGUUUCUGUUCCAAAAUAUGCGGACAAAGUAGAAAGCGAGACAAGAGCACCCUCCAUAAGCCCAGAGAAACCUCUUUACCCUGAGAUGUCCCUGACAGGGAUAAGGGAAUCCCUACCCCAUGCUCAGGAAGAAGCUGAGGCAGAGGCUGAGGCAGAGGCUGAGGCAGAAGCCGAGCUGCUUCCUUCCAGUGAGAUCUUGGUGUCAGAUAUUCCAGACCAGGACAAACCAGAUGAGUUGCAGGCCACCCUGGACCACAUGGGACAGCCCUCCUCCAAGUCCCGGCCCAAUGUCCCCAAUGCUUCUUCUGCUGCUAAUGCCAGGGGUGGGCGUACCCUGGCCCUGCAGUCAUCCCUGCCAGGUAAGGGCUGUACAGAGAGCAGGGAGUGGAGGCUGAGCUCCGGUCACAUGUGGGGUCCUUCCCAGGGACUACUGCUGCUGUCUCCCCUGAUGUUGGCUGGACUCUUCUGAAGGGGACAACA